AUGAAGUGGCAUCCAAUCAGAGGCAUAUUUGUGGAAAGUGGUGCCCAUGGCAAGACACUAAAAUGGCACCCCUCUCUUUUGAGUUUUAAUUUUUCUUUCUUUCUUUACAUUAUCCCCCAGUUCUUUCUUUCUUUCCAUUAUUUUCCAAUUCUUUCUUUUCCCUACCUUCCUUUUCUUUCUUUCCGUUAUUUUCCAAUUCUUUCUUUUCCCUACCUUCCUUUUCUUUCCAUUAUUUUCCAAUUUUUCCCUAUUAUUUUCUUUCUUUCUUUCCGUUAUUUUCCAAUUCCUUUUCCUUUUUUCCUUUUCUUUUUUUUUUCCGUUAUUUUCCAAUUCUUUUCUUUUCCCUACCUUCCUUUUCUUUUGUUUCUUUCUUUCCGUUAUUUUCCAAUUCUUUCUUUUCCCUACCUUCCUUUUCUUUGUUUCUUUCUUUCCGUUAUUUUCCCAAUUCUUUCUUUUCCCUACCUUCCUUUUCUUUCUUUCUUUCUUUCCGUUAUUUUCCAAUUCUUUCUUUUCCCUACCUUCCUUUUCUUUCUUUCUUUCUUUCCGUUAUUUUCCAAUUCUUUCUUUUCCCUACCUUCCUUUUCUUUCUUUCUUUCUUUCCGUUAUUUUCCAAUUCUUUCUUUUCCCUACCUUCCUUUUCUUUCUUUCUUUCCGUUAUUUUCCAAUUCUUUCUUUUCCCUACCUUCCUUUUCUUUCUUUCUUUCUUUCCAUUAUUUUCCAAUUCUUUCUUUUCCCUACCUUCCUUUUCUUUCUUUCUUUCUUUCCAUUAUUUUCCAAUUUUUUCUUUUCCCUGUCUUCCUUUUCUUUUUUUUCUUUACAUUAUCCCUCAAUUUUCUUUCUUUUCUCUACCUUCCUCUUCUUUCUUUUUUUUUUUUCACUGAAAUCAAACAGCAUCUUUGA